GCCUCCCAUGUGAGCCGAGUAAAGGGAACAACAACGAAAUGCAAGGAGCACAAGGUGUGAGGGGGAACAAAAGCUACUGAUGAGAUGGGAAGCUUGUUACUCCGAUCUUUUCCUUCAUGUUGCCGCAUUGAAGCAGCCAUUAUAACUCCCAUUCCUUGAGAUCCCGAAUUGCAGCAAGAGAGCUCCGAGGGUUCUCGCCCCUAAAGAAGCAAUAAUAUUCAUGCCACUCUUCCCCGCCGCGGGACCCCGCUGUCGCUUUUCCUGCGCAGCGCGAGCGGCCAAUUUUCGUCUCCGCACCCUCUCUCCGUGGUUUUCUCUCCCUCUCAGCCACUUUUCCUCCGCACGAGGGGUUCGAGGAAUUGCUGUACCGUCGUUGUCGUUAUUGACUGGUUGGUCUCCACUGAGUCCAGCAUUUAAAAGUCUCUCGGCCGCCUCUUCUCAUCGCACGUUUGCCAACUCCGCAAUCAUGGCGUCCAAGAUUGACGGUACCGCUAUUGCCAAGAGCAUCCGCGAGGGUCUCAAGGCUGAGAUUGAGAAGACACAAGCGACCAAUCCUCGAUUCAAGCCGAAUUUGGUGAUCUUCCAGGUUGGAAACCGGUCUGAUUCCAGCACUUAUGUGCGGAUGAAGUUGAAGGCCGCUCAAGAGGCCAACAUCAUCUGCACCCUCAUCAAUGUUCCCGAAUCCAGCACCGAGCUGGAGCUUGUCCAGGAAAUCACCAAGGCCAACAAUGACCCCUCCGUCCACGGUAUCCUGGUGCAAUUGCCCCUCCCCGGCCACAUGUCCGAGCACACCAUCACCUCGGCCGUUGCAGAUGAGAAGGACGUUGAUGGAUUUGGUGCUAUCAACAUUGGAGAGCUGGCUAAGCGUGGUGGACGUCCCCUGUUCACUCCUUGCACUCCGCUCGCGGUCAUGGAGCUGCUUAAGGCCAGCGGGGUUGACCCCGCCGGCAAGGAAGCCGUUGUUCUGGGCCGUAGCGACAUCGUCGGCAGCCCCGUCAGCUAUCUGCUGAAGAAUGCCGACGCUACCGUCACGGUGUGCCACUCCAAGACCCCCGACAUUGCCCGCGUUGUGAAGAACGCCGACAUUGUUGUCGCCGCCAUUGGCCAGACCGAGAUGGUCAAGGGCGAUUGGCUCAAGCCCGGCGCCGUCGUGAUCGACGUCGGUAUCAACUACAAGCCCGAUGCGACCAAGAAGUCUGGUGAGCGUCUUGUCGGUGAUGUUGAUUUCGAGUCCGCUUUCCAAGUGGCCUCGCAGAUCACCCCCGUCCCUGGUGGUGUUGGUCCCAUGACCGUGGCCAUGCUGCUGAAGAACGUGGUCACCGCGGCCAAGGCCUACUUUGAGAAGCAGAAGGACCGUCACGUCACUCCUUUGCCUCUGAAGCUGCAGACUCCCGUUCCUUCUGAUAUCGCCAUCUCCCGGGCUCAGUACCCCAAGCCCAUCACCACCGUUGGAUCCGAGAUUGGCAUUGCUCCUCACGAGUUGGAGCCCUACGGCCACACCAAGGCCAAGGUCAGCCUCGACGUCUUGGACCGCCUCUCUCACCGUCGCAAUGGUCGUUACAUUCUGAUCUGCGGUAUUACUCCCACUCCGCUUGGCGAGGGCAAGUCGACUACUACACUUGGUCUUACCCAGGCUCUGGGUGCUCAUCUGAACCGCAUUGCCUUUGCCAACGUCCGCCAGCCCAGCCAAGGACCCACCUUUGGUAUUAAGGGUGGUGCCGCUGGUGGUGGCUACAGUCAGGUCAUUCCCAUGGAUGAGUUUAACCUGCACUUGACUGGCGAUAUUCACGCUAUCACUGCCGCCAACAACCUUCUCGCCGCGGCCAUUGAGACCCGCAUGUUCCAUGAGGCUACUCAAAAGGAUGGAGCUCUCUACAAGCGUCUUGUUCCUGUCAAGAAGGGCGUGCGUGAAUUCAAGCCCAUUAUGUUCCGGAGACUGAAGAAGCUUGGAAUCAACAAGACCAACCCCGAUGACCUCACCGAGGAGGAGAUCCGCCGCUUCGCUCGUCUUGACAUUGACCCCGAGACCAUCACCUGGCGUCGUGUUCUUGAUGUUAACGACCGUCACCUCCGUGGUAUUACCGUUGGCCAGGCCGCCACCGAGAAGGGUCACACCCGCGAGACCGGAUUUGACAUUUCCGUCGCCAGUGAGUGCAUGGCCAUUUUGGCUCUCAGCAACAGCUUGGAUGACAUGCGCGAGCGUCUGGGCCGCAUGGUUGUCGCUACUUCUCGCAGCGGUGACCCCGUUACUUGCGACGACAUCGGCGCUGGUGGUGCCCUGGCCGCUCUGAUGAAGGAUGCGAUCAAGCCCAACCUCAUGCAGAGUCUCGAGGGUACCCCCGUGUUGGUGCACGCCGGUCCCUUCGCCAACAUCAGUAUCGGUGCUAGCUCCAUCAUUGCCGACAAGCUGGCUCUGAAGCUAGCCGGUACCGAGCCCGAUGAGGACCACGAGGCCAAGACCGGUUUCGUGGUCACCGAGGCAGGAUUCGACUUCACCAUGGGCGGUGAGCGUUUCUUCAACAUCAAGUGCCGUUCGUCCGGUCUGUCUCCCGAUACCGUUGUGAUUGUGGCUACCGUCCGUGCUCUCAAGGUCCACGGCGGCGGUCCCGAGAUCAGCCCGGGCGCAGCCCUGCACGAGAUCUACCGCACCGAGAAUGUGGAUAUUCUCCGCGCCGGUUGUGUCAACCUGCGCAAGCACAUUGCCAACGCCAAGCAGUACGGCGUGCCGGUUGUCGUCGCGAUCAACCGCUUCGAGACUGACACUGAGGCUGAAAUUAACGUGAUCAAGGAGGAGGCGAUCGCUGCGGGUGCGGAAGACGCCAUCCCCGCCAACCACUGGGCUGAGGGUGGAGCAGGUGCCGUUGACCUGGCCAAGGGCGUUCUCGCCGCUAGCUCCAAGCCCAAGGACUUUAAGCUGCUGUACGAUCUGAACGGCAGCAUCCAGGAGCGCAUUGAGCGCAUCGGCCAGGCUAUGUACGGUGCGGAGAAGGUUGAGUUCAGUGAGCUCGCUCAGAAGAAGGUCGAUACCUAUACCAAGCAGGGCUUUUCCAACCUGCCCAUCUGCAUUGCCAAGACGCAGUACUCGCUCAGUCACGACCCCGCUCUGAAGGGUGCUCCUACUGGGUUCACUGUGCCCAUUCGGGAUGUUAGGUUGGCCGUUGGUGCUGGAUAUCUGUAUGCUCUGGCCGCCGAUAUCCAAACCAUCCCCGGUCUGCCCACUGCCCCGGGUUACCUGAAUGUGGAUAUUGACACCGAGACUGGUGAGAUUGACGGACUGUUCUAGAGUCGGUUUAUGAUCGGAUUGGAUAGAAUUUGGCAGCUUGUAUAUACAACGGCAAGGGGGGCCUGGUUGGACCUUGGGAGUGAAUUACGAGUCUAUAAGGGGAUCCCUUUUUUUCAACACAUAACAACUACGACGAUAAUCUGGCGUCCGAUCGGAGCAGGUCUGAAGUUAGACGGAGAAAUCUUUCAACACCGGAAGCCAAGUCGAUUUUCUUUUUACCAUGGGGAUAUUGAGAAGGCACAAUAUAAUGAAUACUGAUCAG